AUGUCCACAGGGCAUUUCGAAUAUGAAGACGACGACAUCAAGGAGGUGGUGGUGGAAUACCAUGACACCCACGCGGCGGUGUCGGAAGAACUUCCGGACUUAGAGAUGGAGGCCACCGUCGGAAGCGGCAAGCCGCCAUACAAUCUGCAGGAUGUUGGAAGCAGCAGCUUGGAGAUGAAAGAGUCCACGUCCACGGGGGAUUGUGAAGACGAUGACGACGUCAAGGAGGUCUUGGAAUACCAUGACACCGAUGCGGCAGAGGAGCAAGACAGACUUCCAGACUUCGAGAUGGUGGACACCGUGGCAAGCAGCAAGCCGCCGUACAAGCUCCCGACAAGAAUAUUCAACAAGCUCUAUCCCCACCAGCGCGAGGGGCUCAUCUGGCUCUGGUCUCUCCGCUGCAGGGGAACCGGUGGGAUCCUCGGUGACGACAUGGGACUAGGCAAAACCAUGCAGGUUUCUGCCUUCCUUGCAGGGUUGUUCCACUCUGGUCUAAUAAGGAGGGUGCUAGUCGUUACCCCGAAUAUGGUUCUCACCCAUUGGAUCAAGGAACUAUCAGUCGUCGGCCUCAGGCACAAGAUCAGCACCUACUAUGGCCCCAAAAAAGAUGUUCGUCACUAUGAGCUGCAACAUGUCUUCAAGGAGGGAGGCAUCUUGUUAACAACGUAUGAUAUGGUCCGAAUAAACUACAAACAGAUAAGGGGUGAUUUCUAUGACGAGGAGGAGGAGGGGAAAAUGUGGAAUUAUGUUAUUCUUGAUGAGGCACAUUUGAUCAAGAACCCGAAAGCACAAAGAUCCCAAUGCUUAUUGGAAAUACCUUGUGUCCAUCGGAUCGCCAUCAGCGGAACACCUAUACAGAAUAACUUGAAGGAAAUGUGGUCGAUUUUCUCUUUUUGUUGCCCGGAAGUCUUGCCUGAUAAGGAUGAGUUCAGAAAAAAGUAUGAAGUACCUAUCUAUGAAGGAAAUGACAAGAGCGCUAGAAGUCUAGCGAAGGACAUAAGCUCAGACGUAGCAAAGGAAUUAAGAGAACGAAUAAAGCCAUACUUCUUGCGUCGUACGAAAAGUGAAGUAUUCCUUGAGACUGGUUUGACAGAUGAUAAACAGCUUCCGAAGAAGAAUGAGCUGGUUAUCUGGCUGAAAUUAACUGAUCGUCAGAGGCAGCUAUAUAAAGCUUUUCUGAAAUGUGAACUUGUUCAUUUAGCAGCAUCGCGAGGAAAUCCCUUGGCUGCAAUCACGGUAUUGAAGAAAAUAUGUGAUCACCCACAGUUAGUGACUAAGAGAGAUGAGGAAAUGGAUAUGGCUGAAAACAAUGAUCAGGAAAUGGAGAUGGCUGAAAAAAUGGCCAUGAACCUCGGAGAUAUGCCUCGUGAUGAUGGGGCAGUGGAAGUCGGCCCGGAAGUCUCAUGCAAGUUAUCUUUUAUCUUGGCGUUAUUGCGGAAUCUUCUUGAAGAAGGACACCAUGUUCUGAUAUUUUCUCAGACUCAUAAAAUGUUAAACCUGAUUCAGGAAGCUAUAUUAUUAGAGGGCUACAGCUUUUCGCGCAUGGAUGGCAACACUGAGAUUUCUGAGAGGGAAAGGAUCGUGAAGGAUUUCCAAGAGGGCCUUGGAGCUCAGAUAUUUUUGCUGACCACAAAAGUCGGUGGUAUUGGACUUACACUCACCAAGGCAGCUCGUGUCAUAGUAGUUGAUCCUGACUGGAAUCCAAGUACGGACGAUCAGAGCAUUGAUCGGGUUUAUCGAAUUGGACAGACACAAGAUGUGAUUGUAUACCGCUUGAUCACAUCCGCAACCGUGGAAGAAAAGAUAUAUAAAACGCAGGUCCUCAAGGGUGCUUUGUUUAGGGCAGCCACGGAGAAGAACGAACAGCCACAUUACUUCAGCCAGAGUGAGAUUCAAGAUCCUUUUAGUCUGCCGGAACAAGGUUUUGAUGUAUCCCUUACGCAGAAACAAUUGCAAGAAGAGCAUGGGUAUCCUCUUGACAUAGAUGCGCCGUUGAGGGAGCACAUAGAGUUUCUGGAGCAACAACCAGGGACAGCAGGUGUAGGUUAUCACAGCCUCCUAUUUUCAAAAACAGAAGUCCUGCCGAUGUUUACUGAGAAUAAUGCACUGGGCAGGGGUGCCCAUGCUAAGCCAAAGGACGAGUGCUUCACUGCUACAACAUGCACGAAUUCAGAGAUCCCUGAAGAGAUGAACCGGCUGACAGAAACCUUCGCGAGCACGACACUGGAGCCAAGGCUGUCCGACUGUGCAGACAAGAUAGUAAAUGCUUUGGAUAAUGGAAAGCUGACGGUGGGUGCUGACUCAUCGCCUUCGUCGUCCAAGGAAAUGAUCUACUGACUGGGUCGUUGCUAUGUGCAUCCUGUUAGAGUUAAUUUUGUCAAAAGAUCUGUUUUGUGUACUAGGAGAGGCUGAACGUGCAUGUGUGCACAUCGCAUGGCCAGUAGUUUGGUUAAUCAGUAGGUGUAUUAGGUGUAAGCCAAGUACAUGUGCAUGUGGAGGGCUGUGAGAAGCAGCCAGAUUGCAGCAUGGAGAGUCUGCAUGCAUAGUUAGUUAGUGAGCUAGCUAAAAGCUUGGUCAAGUUAGUGGCCGGGCCACAAGGAUAUGGAGUGAUUCUAGGAGCUGAGCGAGGAGUUAGUGGUUAGUGGAGUUUAUGGCAUGAGUGCCAAACCUUAUGUGUGUAUAUAUAUAUAUAUAUUGCAUCAAAUGAAUGGAAAAGGGAGCCGUGAGGCACGGGCAAGACACAAUGUAGUCAUUAUCUUCUCCUUGGUGCUGUGUGUGUGUCAGAGUUUUUCCAACUUUCUUCCAUAGCGUUUGUGCUUGAGAGAUAGAGAGUUGGAGGUAGAAGAAGAGGGGUUGAGCGAUUCAGC